CCAUGGGGAUUUGUCAAACCUAUUGACUGCAAUAGGGUCCUUGCUUUUCUUCUGAGUCUGUCUUUGUUAAAGGGGGAGGAGGAAGGACCCCCUACUACUUUUUUCCCCUUAAGUCUCGCAAAGGCGCGUGAGGAGGCAAGAGGAAAAGUAGGAGGAGGAGGGGAGCCGAAAGGAGCAACAGCAUCCAGGGAAGGUUGAAAAGGGAGGAGGAGGAGGAGACGCUGAGGUGUUCUGCUUUGGACCAACAGAUAAGGGAAGCGGCUCUACGUUUAACAGUCACACCUCCACCUCUUUCUGCCGCCGGUGGACGCAAAUCAACUUUGGGAAGGGCUGCGGCAUGAGACGCACCUGACGGUAGAGCAUCUUCGGCCGUACCCAGAAAUGAACUGAGGACACAAGGGACAGAACGCUUUGGUUGAUAAAGUCCUAAAUCUUGCAGUGAAACCAUGAGGUCACAAAGCCCAGGAUUGGCUACCACGCUGAUGCUGUCGGUGAUCACCUGUAUUUGUGCCUUUCAUACAGCUACAGCCAUUGACAUUCCUCUUGAGGUUUUAGGUCAUGUAAACAUUGAGCAGCUGCCCACCAUCACAGAUCAGGCUCCCAGCACUCUCAUCGCCUUACCCUUUGAUGAGAGCUUCCCUAUGACGUGUGAGGCCAAAGGGAAUCCUGAGCCAGAAUUCCAAUGGAAAAAGAAUGGGGAAGAUUUUGACCCUUAUCUUGACCCCCGUCUGAUCAAAGAAGAGAAUUCUGGGACCUUUGUGAUACCUAAUAAUGGGAACCUCACAGAGUACCAGGGAAUCUAUCGAUGUUAUGCAUCAAACAAACUGGGGACAGCCAUAUCGAAGGAUAUAGAGUUCAUUGUGCCAAAUGUUCCAAAAUUCCCUAAAGAAAAUCUUGAACCUCUUGAAGUGGAAGAAGGCCAACCAUUUGUUCUUAAAUGUGACCCUCCCAGCGGCAUACCUCCUCUUCAGAUUUACUGGAUGACCAUCAAUCUUCAGCACAUUGAACAAGAUGAAAGGGUUUCCACCGGCCUGAAUGGAGACCUUUACUUCUCCCAUGCUGUGGAAAAGGAUAGCAGAAGGGACUACUGCUGCUUUGCUGCCUUCUCGAAGAUACGAACCAUCGUUCAGAAGAACGCCAUGUCUGUUAAAGUCAAGACAAGAAAAGGUGACAGUGCCAAUGCUAUUCUAGAGAGAAAACCCUCUCUUCUGACGCCCCCUGGUGACAGGUCGGAGAAACAGCUGGUCAAAGGAGAUAACUUAGAAUUGGAGUGUAUUCCAGAAGGAAUUCCAACUCCGCAAGUGGAAUGGAUGAAGGUAGGAGGUCAGCUUCCUGUUAAAGCAAAACUGGAGAACCACAAGAAACUGCUGAUUGUUCCGAGAGCAGAACAGGAGGACAGUGGGAAGUACAUGUGCAGAGCAAAAAACCUACUGGGAGAAGCUAUCCAUUACUUCACUGUGACAGUUGAAGGGCCUCCAGAGUGGGUGUCAGAGCCAGAGAGCCAGCUCAGUAUGAUUGGCUCAGAUGUGCAUAUAAAGUGCUCCGCUAGUGGGGUCCCAGAGCCAACCAUCACAUGGAGGGUGAACGGUGAACUUCUUCUUGAAUCCCCAGCACCCAAUAGGAAGUUACUUGGUGAUACCAUCAUUUUACACAAUGCUAAAGCUUCUGACAGUGCAGUCUAUCAGUGUGAGGCCUCCAACAGACACGGGACCCUUCUAUCCAAUGCCAACAUCAUGAUCAUGAAUCUACAGCCUAUGAUUCUGACCAAUAAUGGGGAAGAUUAUUCUACAGUGGAAGGGAAGGGUGUGAUAAUGCACUGUAAGGUCUUCAGUUCUCCUCCUUCAACAAUCACUUGGAGCAAAGAUGACCUAUCUGAAUCUGUUGACGGUCCCAGGUUCACAGUUCAUAACAAUGGUUCUCUGGAGAUCAACAGCGUGGAGGAAAGUGAUGCGGGACAGUACACAUGUCUGGCCAAAAAUACAGAGGGAUCAUCUGCCAUUGAUGCUAUGCUUUACAUAAAAGAUCCCACUAGAAUAGUGUUGGCCCCAGAGGACCUACAGAUCUUAAAAGGUACCACAGCUCGACUCUCCUGCCUGGCAGAGUACGACAAGUCCUUCAGCAAUGACUUUGAGCUCCUAUGGGAGAAAGAUAACACAGAAAUAGCACUCAACUACACUGAGGAUUCAAGUAGAUACAUUUUGGAGGAUAGUAAUCUUCACAUCGUCAAUGUUAGCCACAGCGAUCAGGGUGUGUAUAGGUGUGUGGCCAAGACUCCAUUGGACAGAGACACUGCCUCAGCCUCCCUCAUGGUGUUAGAUGUCCCUGAUGCUCCUGAGAACUUGGCACUGUCUGAGCACAAGAGUAACAGUGUGAAGCUAAAAUGGAUACCCGGGGAUGACCACAAUAGCCCACCCACAGAGUUCAUCGUUGAAUACGAGGAAAACAAGUGGGAGCCGGGAAACUGGAAGGAGCUGCUCCGAGUCCCUGGAAAUCACAAUUCUGCUGUCCUCAAACUCCACGGUCACAUCGAAUAUCGCUUCCGGGUGUACGCCGUCAGCGAUGUUGGGGCAGGGCCACCUAGUGCGCCCACAGAAAGAUACAAAACUCCCCCGUCAGCCCCUGACAAGAACCCAGAAAAUAUCAAAAUCGAAGGUCGUUUGCCACAUGAAAUGGAUAUCAACUGGGAGCCUCUGAUGCCUAUAGAGCACAAUGGCCCUGGUCUAGAGUAUAAGGUGAGCUACAGGCGACAGGAUGUGGAGGAAGACUGGAAGGAGCACACUGUGAAGAGGCACUCAUUUGUUGUUUGGAACACUCCCACAUUCGUUCCAUACGAAGUCAAGAUCCAAGCCAAGAACAAUCAAGGCUGGGGCCCAGAGCCCAGGAUUGUGAGUGGCUAUUCAGGAGAAGACUUUCCCUCUGCUGCCCCUGAUGAUGUUGCUGUGGAGGUGAUGAACAGCUCAGCAGUCAAGGUUACCUGGACACGCGUACACAAGGACAAGCUGCAUGGACAUCUGGGAGGCUACAGGAUAAACUGGUGGCGUUUGCGCAGUCUGGUGGACUCGAAGAAAAGCCACGGAGACAAGCACUCCUUGACGUUCCCUGGGGACCGAACCCAUGCCACAGUGCCGGGCCUGACGCCCUUUUCUGAGUACAGCCUCAUCGUCAUGACCUUCAACGGGCGGGGUAACGGUCCAGGCAGCCAUCCAGUCAACUUCAAAACCCCAGAGGGAGUCCCAGAGAAAAAUUCAGAUUUCAGAGUCACUGAUGUAAAGCGGGAAUCUGUCUCUCUGGCCUGGGGCCCUCCUAUAGAGCCUAAUGGGAUUCUAACAGGGUACCUUCUGGAGUACCAACUGAUUAAUGACACGGAGGAAGUUGGGGCCCUACAGGCUGUUGACAUAAACAACCCUGACACCACUAAAUGGAUCUUGCGUGAGUUAGAGCCUCUGAGCAAAUACAAGUUCUAUCUCCGCUCCUGCACCGCAGUUGGCUGUGGGCCUGUCGUCAGUGAGGAGAGCAUCACCAAGCUGCAAUCAACAUCUUUUUCGGCCCCUACUGUUGGCAUCAGAAAGUCCCUUUCAACCACGAGCACUCCAAGGUCACAUGUAACCAAACCCACUCGUUCGAGCAUAGUCCAAGCCCUGUUGAAUGUCACCUCAGUUGUUAACAGCAGCUUUGUAAAUAUCAGCUGGAUACCUGGAGGACAGCACAAAGAAUUUUAUGUUGCAUAUAUGAACAACCGUGAGGGUCACUGGAAGAUAUCAGAGACCUUAAACACCUCUAUGAUUUUUCACAUCAUUGACGGGCUUGAACCUGAGACUGAUUACACUGUGCGCCUGAUUCCUAACAGAUGGCUUGAUAAUUCUAGUAUAUUUGAAGAUGUUAUCACGACCGGGUCUACAGGUCUGGCUAGCAUCCACGGAGGAAUAUCCACCCAGGGCUGGUUUAUUGGUCUGAUGUGUGCCAUCGCUCUUCUCACACUCAUUGUGCUGAUCGCCUGCUUUGUCAAUAGAAAUAAAGGAGGAAAGUACUCUGUGAAAGAAAAAGAAGACCUUCAUCCAGACGUGGAAUCCCAGGGCAUGAAUGAUGACACAUUCUGUGAAUAUAGCGACAACGACGAGAAGCCACUGAAGGGCAGCCAACGCUCCCUUAGCAGGGAGAUCAAAGCAGCAGACAGCGGCGACAGCCUGGUGGACUACGGUGAUGAGGACGUUCAGUUCAACGAAGACGGCUCAUUUAUCGGCGAGUAUGGAAGCCGGAAGGAGAAGAGGGCAUCCACUGAGAUCAAAGCCCCGACUCAGACCACGGCGUGAGGAGCAGAUGAGCAUAUCAUCACAUUGACUCCAUUCCACCUUCUGGAGAAGCCACAUAUGGAGGAGCACAACGACUUUAUCAAAUAAGAAACCACUUGUGUCAUAAACAGUCAUUGCCAACAGCACACUGCCACUCUCAUUCUUUAAAGCUCUGUUCUUUCAUGUUGCAACACGAGCAUUACUAAAUAUCAUGUAUAUAUAGUGUAUAUUGUAUGUGCUAAGUGUUCCUUUUUUUUAUAAUUAUCACAAAAACUUUAGAGGUCGUGAUUUGUUUUGUAUUAUUUCACCUCCAUAUUGGUGUUUUGAGCUGCACCCUGAUUUGUACAAAUGGUAAACUCUCCAUUGCUUUCCUCAUCAUGAAAUGAAUUUCUGCCACUGAUGUCACUGUGUAGCAGGCCACAGAUGAGUUGGUAUUUUUCAAGUGGAGAACUUAUUACUGACCUUUUAUAUUUGAAACUAUUCAUUAAAUAUAAUGUAAGCUGUGUAAAAAGUUUCCUAUUAACUUAUUUUUCUCAGUGGUUUUAUACCUUAUGAAAUAAUGUGAAAAUAUUUGUACCGCCGCAAGUAUCCUGAGUCAUGAGUCUAAAUCAGAAGCAUCAAAUAUUUUUUGUAAGAUGAUCACUGAUUUUUAUUUUUUUCAGGUAAGAUUUUAGACAUGUAAGUUUACAAGGGAACUCUUGGCCUGAGCCCAGUUUGCUCAGGAUUUUAAGGCAGCCAGUUCCAACUCAAGCAAACAAUGUUCAAAGCUACAGUGAGUGGUUAUUUAGUUUAACCUCUUGUUAAGACUGAAAUGAUAGUCUGAGGAUAUAGUCAGUCAAAAGAAAAGCCUGUAUGCGUCUGUAAUUAAAUUUUUUUUUAAAUGUAUAAAUCCCUUUACUGUCCCCCAUCCCAUUGGGGUGCAGUGGGCUGCCAUUGUGUGGUGCCUGGGGUUAAGGUUUCUGCUUAGGAACCAGGAGGACAGGCUGUGGGGCUCAAACCAGGUACUGGCAACUUUUUUAGAGCACAAGUGCACUGUUCUAACCACUAGGCCAACUCUCCCACAGAACUGUAUGUCACACCUGAAGUCUGCGUGUGUUUACUACAUGUCUUCUGAUCUGAAAGGUGCACUUACAGACAUUCAACACUGUUAGCAUAACCUAAAAUAUUUCACUUCCAAUGUCAGUGAGUUGAAAAAAUAUUUCUAUCCCUAAAUUCGUUCAUCUUUUAUGCUGUUCAACCACCAACCUUAGUAUGACCAAGUGGUAGUUUAUGUAAUAGAUGUUAACAAAAUGAGAAAAAGGUCUAUAUUUUUCAAAAAUUAUUACAAAUAAAAAUCUAACAUGUAGAAUGCACCUGCAUUCUCGAUGCUAUAGAAUCUUUUUCGGGCCUCAAUCAUUUGUAGAGUCCAACUGGUCUUCUUUCAGGAUUACCAACUAUUAAGACCUAACCAUCUUCCCAUCUUCACCGACAUGGUUUUCAUAUGGAAAAUUAUAUAAAUAGGGCAUAUUGUGCAACUUUUUGUAUCUGGGUCGAAAUAAGCUGAUGGUAGUGUGUUUAAGGUACCACACGGAUGGUAAAAUCCUGGCAGGUUGGCAGCUGCUCCAUAGUCAAAAUAUUUUCCGUAAUUGACCCAACAGAGAACAGUAAGAUUUUCAUAAGUCUCCCCACAGCACUUUCCUGGCCUGUCUGCUGUGUUUAGGUUUCCAUGUCCCUUCAGUAAUGUUCAUUAACAAACCUUUGAGAGCCUCAGAGAAAAGCUGAAUUAAAGGGGUUGAAUACAUAUGCAUGCCUUUUUUUCAAAUUAUGCACAUUAUUUCUAAUGCAUUGAAGUUUUCAGAUGUAACGUGACAAAAAGGCCAACAGUUACGGGGUUGGCCAAUUUUACGGGGAAGUUUAUUUGCCUAUUUGCAAACACACACACAAACACACACACAGUUUGAUGGGAUCAAAUUGCAAAUCUUAAGUGUCAACCUCGUGUCAUCAGUGCGUGCAGAAAACUUGAGACUGCUGACUAAUUUACAAUGUCUGUGGCAACAAAUGGAAAUGGAUCUGAUAAUUUGCAGCUAAUGCAUAAAAGACACGUAUAAGUAUAUCUUUACAAGAUGUGAAACUUUCCUUGUUAAGUGUUCGUUCGUGCUACAUGCUAGGACAUUUUAAACAACACAUGAUAAUUCAGAAUUUUUUUUCUGCAUUUUUUAUUCAUUCUCCAGUUUUAUUUCAACACACACUGGACCAAAAGGUCCUUAUAAUCUGAUAACUUUAUCUGGCAGCGUAUACUUGACAUUCAAAACUUGCAGUAAUUUUCAUUUAAAUGUCCUAACAAGCCUUACACUUCCAUGCAAAGCACUGUUUUUCUCUUUUCAUAUUUCCAUUAACAAACAUGGACAUGGUUUGUAAAGAAUCGCCAUUGCAUGUUACAAAUGUCGAUUGAUAUUCUUUUUUAUGUCAUUAAAUUGCUUUACUUUCCUACA